AUGGAGCAUCUCAAGACAUCUAAGGAACGAAAGGAACGAUGGUAUUCCACACAAAAGCCUCGGUUUGUUGAGGUGAAGGAUAUAUCAGACACAAAGGAACCAUAUCCAGAGGGGAUUGAUAGUCAUAUUUACGGCAUUCCAUGUUCAUUUCUUAACAAAGACCAAGACAGACGUACUUUGUGUGACGCUCUUGAAACAAAUGGGUUUGCAGUCAUAACUGGGGUUGUUUCGGAGUUCGACUGUGUGAGGUCUCUUGGCAUGGCAUGGGAUUAUAUCGAGGCUGCUAGUUUUGCAGAAGCCUGCUGCCGCCAGAAUUCUCCCACCUCGGCGCCAGUUUCGAGGCACAACGUAGAGUCCCACUCAUCAAAUUUCUUUCCGCAUUCUCUGGAAGGAGGGUUUCUUCCAUUUUACGGUUCUGGGUAUUCAUACUUUGCAUGGGAUAUUCGUGGUCACCAGAAUGUGCGAAAAGUGUUUGAGUGUCUACAUGGGACGUCGAACCUGAUCUCGUCUAUGGAUGGAGUAGUUUUAUGGCAUGAAAAGCAACCUAGAACGGACGCUGGAUGGUUUCAUCUCGAUCAGAAUCCAGUAUCAAAACCAGGCAAAUGUGGAAUUCAAGGACUCGUGAAUCUGUUGCCCGUGUCCGAAGCUUCCGGAGGGAACGUCAUGGUUGCAAAGUCGCACAAGAAAUUUCCACAUCACUAUUGCAGUGAUAGAAGGAGCAAUGAUUCAGAAAAACACUUUUGCAGCGACUUUUACGAACAACGGCUGAAAGAGCUGGGGAGCGAAGACUGGAUGGAAAUCGACCCAAACGAUGAAAUCAUUUUACAGAACGAGGCAAUCGUAACGUGUCUACUGAAGCCAGGUGACAUGAUAAUUUGGGAUUCUCGAACAGUUCACUGCUCCAACCGAGGAUAUGGAGAUAUAAACAGGAGCGGGACUAAUCAAAAUAGAUUAGAGGAAGCAGCACAUGGUUUAAUUCGAGCUGCGACUGCAGUGUCGAUGAUGCCAACCGAUUCUGUGUCGUCUACCAUUCUGAAUCGACGUGUUUCAGCUGCGAAGGAGAGCAGGACAAUGACACAUUGGACAAACCAAGUGACCCCUCUUGGCCAAGAAAACCUCGAAGGAAGUCGCCUAGAAGAACGUCGAAUAAAGUUCAUGAAAAAUUAUGAGAGGCUGACUGGAAAGAAAGCCCUUGUUAAUUUUGAUCACCUGUCGCGACAAGAGUUACGUCUCGUUCAAGGACAGGACGCCAAUAAGGACGACGACCCACAACUAUUGGCAGACAGUUGA